CUCUUUCCCCUCAGUCGCUUCACCUCCUGCAAACACACACAUGCAUGCGUUUAAGCCUAGAUCACGAUCACACACACUAACACACACGCCCUGCUCCUGCCCGCCAUCCUAGACUCUGUGUGUGAGGUGCCUCUCCAUUCUGCUUUAGCAAUGUCAGGUUUUGUGGAUGGAUAUCACUCCCUCUGGAGGAGAGCACGCUGAAACUUCCUUGUACCUCUCUUUCAUCUGUCAAGAACCUGGAGUUAUCUGCUGUCGUUGUCCGUGGCUCUGAAUGUCCUCUGCCAUGGCAAAGCGGGAGGCUGGGAGCACCAGCCCAGUAGUGCGUCAGAUAGACAAGCAGUUUCUGGUCUGCAGCAUCUGUCUGGAUCAUUACCGCAACCCCAAGGUCCUGCCCUGUCUGCACACCUUCUGUGAAAGUUGCCUCCAGAACUACAUUCCCCCAGAGUCCCUGACGCUCUCGUGUCCAGUUUGCCGUCAGACGUCGAUUCUGCCAGAAAAAGGAGUUUGUGCUCUACAGAACAACUUUUUCAUCACUAAUCUCAUGGAGGUCCUCCAGAGGGAACCAGAGUGCUCAAGGCCAGAAGCUUGCAGUGUGUUGGAGUCGGUUAGUGCAGCAGCUGCAGGGAAACCUCUGUGCUGCCCAAACCAUGAGGGAAAGGUGAUGGAGUUCUAUUGCGAGUCGUGUGAAACAGCCAUGUGUUUAGAAUGUACAGAAGGUGAACACAGGGAGCAUGUGACUGUUCCUCUGCGGGAUGUGGUAGAACAACACAAAGCUGCGCUGAAGACACAGCUGGAUGCCAUCCACAGCAGGCUCCCACAGCUGACAGCAGCCAUCGAUCUGGUGACUGAGAUCUCUCGUCAGUUAAAUGAAAGAAAGAAUGAGGCUGUAACAGAGAUUUCUAAUACAUUUGAGGAGCUGGAGCGAGCAUUACACCAACGCAAGACGGCCCUUAUAACAGACCUGGAGAACAUCUGUAGUGCCAAGCAAAAGGUCCUGCAAGCCCAGCUUUCAUCUCUCCUCCAGGGGAAGGAACACAUUCAGAGUAGCUGCAGCUUUACUGAACAGGCCCUCAGCCACGGAAGUGCAACUGAGGUACUGCUAGUUCAGAAGCAGAUGAGUGAGCGGGUAAUAGCACUUGCACGACACGAUUUCCCUGAGAGACCACAUCAGAACGCACAUCUGGACUGUCAGGUGGAGACUGAAGGUCUGAGGCGCUCCAUCCAGAACCUGGGGGUUCUCCUCACCACGGGGGCUGUGGCUCACACCUCUGUCGCCACAGGAGAGGGUCUCCGCCAUGCAGCAACCGGGCAGCACCACACCAUCACAGUGACGACAAAAGACAAAGAUGGGGAGUUGGUGCGAACAGGAAAUGCUGUUUUAAAAGCGGAGAUAGCAUCGGUCGACGGGAACCGGGCUGCGGAGACAGAGAUAUCGGACAAUAAGAAUGGGACGUAUGAGGUGGGCUACACAUUACGCACAGAGGGGGAGUACACCUUCUCACUGUUGCUGUAUGGCCAGCCGAUACGUGGCAGCCCGUUCCGUCUGCGGGCCGUCAAACCCUCAGAUGUACCACAGUCUCCAGAUGAUGUGAAGAGGAGGGUGAAGUCUCCCAGUGGGACGGGGGGUCACAUACGACAGAAGGCAGUGCGACGACCAUCCAGCAUGUACAGCACCACCAAGAAGAAGGAGAACCCCAUUGAAGAUGAGCUCAUCUACAGAGUCGGUUCCCGGGGCAGAGAAAAAGGCGAGUUUACCAACCUGCAGGGAAUCUCAGCCUCUAGUAACGGCAGAGUGGUGGUGGCCGACAGCAACAACCAGUGCAUACAGAUAUUCUCCAACGACGGCCAGUUCAAGAUGCGCUUCGGGGUCAGAGGUCGGUCUCCUGGUCAGCUGCAGAGACCGACAGGAGUCACCGUGGACAUGAACGGUGACAUUGUUGUAGCCGACUAUGACAAUCGAUGGGUGAGCAUCUUCUCAUCCGAUGGGAAGUUUAAGAAUAAAAUCGGCGCAGGUCGGCUAAUGGGUCCUAAAGGUGUGGCUGUGGACAAGAACGGACAUAUCAUCACCGUGGACAACAAGGCCUGCUGCGUGUUUAUCUUUCAGUCCAAUGGGAAGCUUGUGACUAAGUUUGGAGGCAGGGGGACGUCUGACAGACAGUUUGCAGAAAAACUUGGUCCAAACUAUAAUAAAUCUGGCUCAGUUUUCAGUCCCCACUUCGUCGCAGUGAACAACAAGAAUGAAAUUGUUGUGACUGAUUUUCAUAAUCACUCCGUCAAGGUGUACAGUGCAGAUGGGGAGUUCUUGUUUAAAUUCGGCUCUCAUGGUGAAGGCAAUGGGCAGUUCAACGCUCCCACAGGUGUGGCCGUCGACGCCAAUGGAAACAUCAUUGUAGCCGACUGGGGUAACAGCAGAAUACAGGUCUUUGACAGCACAGGCUCCUUCCUUUCAUACAUCAACACCUCAGCAGACCCCCUGUACGGACCCCAGGGCCUCGCCCUCACUUCAGAUGGACAUGUGGCCGUGGCCGACUCUGGAAACCACUGCUUCAAAGUUUACCGGUACCUGCAGUAGGAGGACACAGACAGAGACGACUCCCACACUGACCUUUAACAAACAUACUGGUAGUGGACAUAGAGCUGCAACAUGACGCUGUGUAGUCAUGUCUCACUAUUCUUUUUACUUUUCAUCUCAUCUACAAUAAUCUAAAUCUUUUCUGAAAACAACCACAAAAAGUGUUGUAAGAAGUAAUAUUAACCCUUGUGCUUCACUUUAAAAAUGUAUGCUUCAAUAAGGAU